AGUGCGAAGCAGAGAUCAGUUCAUCAAAAGUUGUUCGUGGAUUGAGUCGUGGUUGCGUACGAAAAGUUUGAAACGGUUUUUACGGUAAACUGUGCAAAACGGGAAAGUUUUAUUGAACUUAUGAAAUUCAAUUUGAAUUUUAAAUAUUUUACUCUACAAAAGUUUCGCGUGGGCAGUUGAUUAAACAAUGGAUGAUUAUCACUGUAGGCCUUUUAAGAGGUCAUACAGUGGAUGUCGGUGUCAACCAGCAAAAUGCAGCUUAUUUAUGGCAGUUAUUGCGGUCGGAAUAGCAGUUGUUUUUAUUAAGCCAGCAACAAGUCAACAUCAUUCAUUACUGAACACACCACCAAUUCUCAUUGUGCCGGAACGGAAUUGGCGCAUAUCCGAGACCGAGGAAGUUGGCCAAAUAAUUGCAAGAGUUCGUGCUGAAGAUGCAGAGAGUGAUGAACUGGUAUUUGGAUUGGAGCCACAUUUUCAUAGUAACUAUGCUGAUCCGGGGGACGACGGUGGCGUUGGAGUGACCCGUGAUAAAUUACCAUUUCGCAUAGAUCCAGUCAGAGGAUAUGUUUACCUAAACGAGAGUCUUGUUGGUCGGGGAGGUGAGAAUAUAUUUUUGUACAUUACUGUUUCCGACGGCCAAUUAACUGCAAAGAACGAGGUGUUCGUGAAUAUACUUGGCAAGAAUGAUAAGAAUUCAGGCUCACGCGCUCCACCUUCCAUAUCGAAUGUUGUACAAAAUAUUUCGCAAUUUUGGCCAGCGUUCAACGAACUGCCGGGCGUGCAAUCCAUUAGAAAUCAACAGCCAAAUAGAUUGCCAGCAAAUUCUUUGCCUCCAGGCUUUGGUAUAAAUCCUUCCUAUUAUGCACCAAAUCGUAAUGGUGGUGUUGGUUAUCCGCCAAUGCUCAAUUUUAAUCCAAACCAACAAUUACCAAUUUGGUCGAAUAGCAAUAGCAAUAGCAAUAGCAAUAGCAACAGCAAUAGCAAUGCUGACAACAGUGAUGAGCAUGAUAAUGACAUUGAGACGGAGGAUAACCAAGUGACAACGCAAACAGCGACAACAGGAAUUAUGUCGCCAACGACAACAAGUCGAACCAAGCUGACGCCUAUUCGUAACAAUUCCAGUAAUCGCAAUGCAUCACUGUCACACUCGCACAAGAAUAACACAACUCUGCGGCCGUCAUUAGGACAAAUUGAUACGGUCGAUGCAGACGCUGCUGCUGAUGAGACGAUUGUAUAUACUCAAGAUGGCACAACAGGGACAACGACAACAACAGCAACAUCAACGACUGCCUAUUCGAUUAAGGCAACUAUAAUUCCGGUCAUAAUCGCUGUUUGUGGGCUAUUUGCGGCAGCUGCUCUAAUCAUUGGAUUUUUGUAUCGCAAACAUUUGUGCGCCAUUAGUAAAACGCUAAAGAAAAAAUCAAAAGAGGAAAUGGCCAAAAAGUCGAAUCAGAGUAAUUCAAGCAGCAAUCUAACCGAAGACAGCCGGAAUUCAAUGGUCAUGCAACACUGGAAUGGGCCAACUGCUUAUGGUAAUCGCUAUGUACCAUGGGAAAGGGAUCAGCAACUGCAGCAGGCUUUGGCAACGUCGCAGCUAUCAACAAGUGCCAUGAAUGGCAUUGCCGUGCCUGGUGAUGUUUCCUCGGUUGGUGUAUUGGGCGGUGGGAUGCUGAAUGGUGUCGUAGGCGGUGUUGGCGCCAACAAUGCCAGUCAGAAUAAAUACGAUCGAUGGGAAUUCCCAAGGCACCGAUUGAAGUUCUUCAACAUAUUGGGAGAAGGCGCCUUCGGCCAAGUAUGGCGUUGUGAAGCAACCGACAUUGAUGCACUUAAAACUUUGUUGGUCAUUAAUCCUUUUAAUGUGCGGGAAAACUAUGCAACUGAAAGUCAAAUAGAACUGAAAUCUGAAAACUCGAAACUGAAAACGGAAAACUGA